UCCAAAGAAACCCUUAGAAGGGAAAGAAGACAGUCAGUGACAGGCAGCAACGAUUGGUCCUCGUUUCCAAGUUGUUCAUGGCUGAUUGAAACGAUCAACCUCCGUCCAGCUCCGAAUUACUAGAUAGACAUCGGAUUUCAAGAGCUGAUUCGACUACCAGAAACGCAUUCGGCUUUCAGGUAUCAGUUAAGGAAAUCCUUUCUAGGCGUAGAGAUGACAGAAUAUUCACAGGAGCAGGCAAUGGAAAUCCAAGCUUUAGAAGCAAUACUUAUGGAUGAUUUUAAAGAAAUUCAUUCCGGUGAGAGUGGGUUAAAUACUUCAAAUCGGUGCUUCCAAAUAACACUCUCUCCACAGGAUGAUGAAUUAGAUGAAUCAUCAACAACUCCAGUUCAGCUGGGUUUAAUUUUUUCACACACUGAAAAGUAUCCGGAUGAACCUCCUCUUUUAAAUGUGAAGAGUAUACGAGGAAUACAAGUCAAUGAUCUUCGAACUUUGAAAGAGAAGCUUGAGCAAGAGGCAUCUGAAAAUCUUGGUAUGCCUAUGAUCUAUACACUGGUCACGUCAGCCCAAGAAUUGCUGUCUGGAAUUUUUUGUGAAGAUGUGAAUGCGGAGAAUGUUGAAGAAGAGGUGGCAAAAGUUGAUGUUAUUAUUCCUCAUGGAGAACCUGUAACUGUUGAAACAUUUCUGACAUGGAGAGAAAGACUCGAGGCCGAGUUGGCACUGGAGCAAGCCAAAUUGAUGCCUGAAUCUGCACUUUCAGCCCACAAGGAAAAGAAGGUUUCUGGUAGACAAUGGUUUGAUCAAAGUGGAAGAGCCAAAGGUGCACUGCCAGCCAAUGAAGGAACUGAUGACGAGGAAGAUGAUGAUUUGGAAGAUGAUGAAGAAGAUAUGCUUGAGCACUAUUUGGCUGAGAAAUCUGACUCAUCUCAUGCAACAUAAAAUCCUGAAACUUCGUAUGGGACAGUACUGCUGAACUCUAUAUCCACAGCUUCCAUAUGACUGGAAGCGUGCUUAGGAACAUGAAAGGCUUGGCUCUUGAAGACGCUGUAGAAUUCAUCGGCAGAUGCCUCGAUCUCGAACGAGGUCUCCAUCUUUCUUUGUGGGUAUGUCGCGAUUAUUGCUGCCAUGGUUUACCUGCAAUAUUUUGCGGUUGUGAUUAUGCAAUAGAGAUAAGUUGGAUGUGCCUCAUAUAAAGUUGUUGCCAGUUUUGCAUUAUAUUUAUUAGUGUUUAAAUUCUGGCACUGCAUUAUUGCACAUUUGACCCAUAACUAAUUAUUAAUCACUCUAAAAUAUUCGACCUUGA